AUGGCCCACACCACUUUCUCGCCUGCUCAGACAAUUCUCAGUAACCAUAUCUUCCUCAACUCGUGCGAUGUGCUCCGGAAUGAGCUUCGGAAACGUACGGAGGCACUCGAUGAAUUCAGAAAUUUGCAAAAAAAAUACGAAUCGAUCAACGAAAGAAGCGUUUGGCAGCAGCAUGAAACAGUGUCCCUCCAGACAGACUUUGCCGCAUACGAGAAGGAUGCCUUGCAUGGUGCCGAACGCAUUCAAAACUGUGGAGAUGAAAUCAAAGACCUUGAAUCUCGUCUCGAAAAGGCCAAAGUCAGAUUCACUGAGGAACAGGCUGGUCUCGACCGUUUGAUCGGCCUCAAAAACGACGUGGACCGAAGACUAGGGGAGUUGGCUCGAGAGGCGGAGCAAAAGCGAAGCCUCGAGCUGGCAAUCGAGUCGAAGGCACUCGAGUUGGAGGUUUUCUUCAAAGACUUGGACCUAUCUAGCAAUGCUGUGUUGGCAACUUCGGUGCCAGCUGAGAAAACUGACCCCAUUCGUCUCAGUAGCGACAUCAACACUCAGCCAUCGCAUAUGACUGACGGUAUACCUGAAUACAGAGACGACGAUGAAGAUGGCGACGGAUGGUUGUCAGAAGCCAUUUCCGUUGACGCUCAGUUUCUCCAGAAUCCAUCAGAAAGAGACGACCCAGAUUAUGAUCCCGAUUCCAGCGAGAGCAUAGUUGUUCAGGACAAAGCUUGUGGUCGAAGAAAGUCGAAAGCAAACGCUCGAACAAUUUCCAACAGACCAUGUCAAAGGUGCUCGGGGAAUGCCUUCCAAUGCGACCCGAGCCCGAAGCGCGGCAUUCCCUGCUCUCGCUGUACACACGACGGCGUCGACUGUUCCCGAACACGUCGACGACGGAGGCUCAAUCCUGUAGAGCUAGCCAAACUCUCAGAGCUUCGGGAUCGGAGAAUUCCUUACAAAGAAAUUGAGGAAAUGGGACUCUUUGCGCCCCUCAGCGCAGACUACCUAAAAGCGCAAGUGUCAAAGAUGAAAAAGGUGCAGGCUAUGGCUAGUGAGGAUCUACGUCCGGCGAACCGCGAUUAUUCUGCAUCGUCGGUUGCAGUCGACGAUGCGGUCAUGCAGAACUUUUAG